AUGGCAUUUUUCGAUCGAUGCAUUGGGACGGUUACGCAUGAAUCUGGGCGCAUAAAGUCGUGUGCUGAACUUCCCUUUGGGUCUUUGAUAAUCGGCGAUUGUCUCAGACGCAUGUUAUGCAUCGAGGGCUCGGAGUUCUACAACCUGUACAGCGAGAAAGAGCGUGCAGAAUUUUUAUUUCGACUCUUUAAGCAUAUUGUUAUUGGAGGAGAGCUUGUUCAACCUAGUGAAGACUUUAACGUUUACACAAACUUUGUUAAAAAUCUCUAUAAGGAUCUUAUCAGUGUUCAGAAACUGCAGGAUUCAAACGACCUAGUCAUUACGUCAAAAAUCUGUCAGGUUCAAGUGUUGAGCAAAGAUCUGGUUGUUUAUCCUUCUGUCAAUGAGCACAUCAACGAUUUCGCUUACCUCAUUGUCAAUCCCAUCAUGCGACAUGUAAUUGUUCUUUCCCAUGUCUAUGGAAUUGGCCAAUUUUAA